UCAACGCAGGCUGCUACAGUUGGACGGGACAUGUCUCCUUCACGGUCCAUACUGUUGGUGGGAGAAGGGAACUUCUCAUUUUCUGCCUGUGUGAGCCAGUUGUACUGCGAAACAGAGACCAGCAUAACGGCCACUUGCUUCCAGCAUCAGGAGGAGGCACUGCGGCAUGAAGGCGCAGCCACUAACAUACAGAUCAUCAAGGACUCAGGUGGAACGGUGCUUUUCGAGGUGGACUGCAGAAAGCUGGGGGAAUGCGCCUCUCUCCAGGACCGUGUGUUUGACCGUGUGGUGUUCAACUUUCCUCACUGCGGGAGAAAGAGUGGCGUUAAAAAGAACAGAGAACUACUCAAAAAGUUCUUCCUCAGUUGUGUUCAGGUGUUGUCUGAAGAUGGGGAGGUUCAUGUUUCCUUGUGCAACGGACAGGGUGGGACACCAGUGGACCACCCGAAGCGAGAGUGGCACAACAGCUGGCAGGUGGCUGCCAUGGCAGCAGAGGCACACCUUCUCCUGACUAACGUCCGUCCUUUUGAGAGUGAGAAAUACCAGAUCUACAAGUGCACUGGAUACAGGAGCCAGGAUAAGGGCUUUCAUGUGGAGAAUGCUUUGCUCCAUGUGUUCACUCGCAGCCUCCCCUACACCUCUGCUCAGGCACUUAAAAUGGAAGAGGCUGUUGAAGGGGAGAAAGUCCAGUACAAUAUACCAGCCGAGCUCAGUGAUUACAUAUGCAGGGGAUUUCUCUGCUCAGGUUCUGUCCACCCUGUCAGAUUGGUGCAAGAUUUUCUUCUUGAAGGACUGGGAGAGAAGUGGUCAGUCUCCAUGGCGACAGAGACCUUUCCCUUCCUCCUCACGGCCAAACAGCUGCAGGCGUGCUGCUGUGAUGUCAACAGUACACACUGCUACUGGAUCCACCUCCUUCAGAAAGACCUCGACUCUGAUGAUCAAACCUCUCCAGACAAAGCGGACAGGGUGAGGAGCAAUGGAGCUGAGAGCUUACGGUCUGCAUGCUCUCUCGAUAUUGAUCUUGAAGGGGAAAAUGGUCUUUAUGUGCUGCGUCCAUCCCUGCUCCCUCAAAUGGAAGAGCUAAGUAAAAAAGACGAAUUGAUUAACAAUGCAGGGAGUCAUGAGGGGAGUAAUGAAAGUGUUGAGGCUGAAGGACAUAAGGAAGACGGCCCUUGUGGUGGCUGUAAUGGUGUUACCAGCUCAUUAUUGGGCAUUAGUGGCGUAGUGUUCAGGAAUGUGUCCGUCAGUGUCUGGGCUCUGCCUUCCUUUCACGAGCUUCUCCUCAGAGGUGUUUUCCCUUCAGAAUGUAAACCCAUAAAAUCUCUUGGACAAAGGCUGGAAAAGCUGCUCUCUCCCUACGGGGUCUCCCUGGCUACGGAACAGGGAGGACUGCGUCUGAUGGCACAGCCAAUGGGUUUGGUUGGAAGGGUGUUUGCAGGCAACGCAAGCGACAACAUUAGCCAUGUCAGGGUCACGGUGUCUCUAAAUUUGGACUUCCUUGCCGUGCUCCUGUUCUCACUCCCCGACUGGCGGCUGCUGUGGUCACAUGACCCACGUUUUUUAAAACAGUUUGGACCCCGCCCAUCGCCAGGGGAACCUUUCCACCCAUUUUCCCUGUUCCCCGAGCACAUCAGCUUUGACAUUAGCUUCUGGACAGGGCCGAUGUGGAAGGAGAAAAAGUUCCACGCUGUGGUCCGAGAGGCCAGUCAUGGCACCGUGGACCAAGUCAAACUCAUCGACACGUUCUCACAUCCUGACCUGAGCCAGACCAGUUACUGUUACAGACUUACCUACCACACACACACACAUGCUCUGUCACACACACAAGCCCUCCAGUUUCAUAAGCACCUGGAAUCCUUACUGUCCUCUCGGCUGGAAGUCACCAUCAGGUAGCGACAUCUGAAUCUGUCGAAGGAACAGAGAUUAAAGGCUUUUCUGCAAAACUGUAGUUGAACAGUGUUUACAGUAGUUGAGGCAUUGCUUCCUGUAGUAUGUAUUUAAAAUGUGAUUGGACCUCUCUGUAUCUGUGAUUAAAUGAUCAUACAAUAAACUUGUUAUUUAAACAUG